AUGUUUGGUCACGGUUUAUCCCGCGGAUCGGAUACAGAUGGCAACGGGUUCAACGAUUUCGUUGUCGGAGCCCCCAACGCGGAGGCCUCUUAUCUGUACAAGGCAUAUCCUGUUGUAAAAAUAUUUGCAAGAAUAGAACCCACCUCACAUCGGAUCCAACCGGAGCAGGAAAGAUUAAAUAUCACCGCCUGCUUUAGACUGAUAACCCCUUCCAAAAUCAAAAAGGUUCAGGAGCAGGUGCUAAACAUCUCGAUUGACCUCGACACGGAUAAGGAAUUCAUGGAUAAGCGGGCUGUAUUCGAGGGCGAUAGAGUGAUUCGCUUUUCGGAUACUGCGAUAUUAGAAGAGAAGUGCAGGAACUUUGAAAUUCAAAUGGUCAGGAAAGCUAAAUUCGAGAACAUUACGAUGAAAAUGAACUACAGGAUAGAGAGGAAGAUUCCGGACUUGGAAGAGUUCUGCGAAGAGUGCGCGGUUGUUGAUCCGGCAGAACCGAAGUUUUCCACAGGGAACAUCACCUUCAACACGGGCUGUCCCAUUGUUGAUUGCGUUGCUGAUCUGAAGUUGAGGAACAUCAAUGUGAGAUCCGAAUUUAUUUUGGGUACAUCCGACACUCUCCGUCUGAGAUACAACAUCACCAACGAAGGGGAAAACGCCUACCAGCCACAGUUCAACGUGACCAGCAUCCCCCUCCUGGAUUUCGCCCAGAUUCCGGGAAACUGCAAGAAAUAUGAAGACGUCUUGAUGUGCGAUCUUAACCAAGGAUUUCGAAUGGCCAAAUUUAACUCCACUUACGUCGAUGUAGUCUUCGAUGUGACCCAACUGGGAGGACAGUCUCUGACUGUCUACGCAAAUGUUUUUAGUGCCCUAAACGAGUCCAGCCCCGAGGACAAUAACCUAACCACCGUGAUCACUCUGAAGGAGCACACCGAGAUCGAUGCUAUCGGAGUUCAGACAAAUGAUCAAAUUGUUCUCAAAAAGGAUCCUUACAUUUCGGAACUCAUCAACCAUUACGAGUUUAAGAGCCACGGCCCCAGUACUAUAGAAAAGUUAAACCUGUCGCUUUAUAUUCCUAUAGCGUAUAAGACGUCUGACUCGGAUAUAUAUCCCAUCAUGGAUAUAUCAAGCUUAAAGAUACAGUCCAGCUACAGCGAUUCUAAGCAACUCACCAUCGAGCUCUACGACCCCAAUAAUUUGCUCCUGAAGAACUUCACCCAGGACCAUGAGCAGACCACCUUAUCGACGCCACGGAUGCGUAGGGAGGUGAAAGGUCUGAAAGUGAAAUCCGAUUUAGAGCGGCUAGAGCAAAAUGCUAGCAUAUCACAAGUCCAGACCAACGAACUGCUGUUGGAAGAGAACCUCCCGAAGGAUAACACCAUUGUGUUGAACUGCCAGGAAACAAACCAAACGAUAUGCGUACGGGUCGAAUUGGGACUCGACUUUAAGCCAGAUAAACCAGUAAACCUAAACAUAAGCUUCAACGUGGAUCUGAAUGAGGCCGAGGAUUUCUGGGAGUACUUUGUCAUCAAGACGGAUCUGAGGCUUCUCAAGAAGGGAGAUCCCUCAUGCAGUUCGUUCAGGAUCAACAAGAAGAUCAAAUCGAAUGUGAUAUGCAAGCAUGCUGAAGUGUCCAUUUGGAAAAUUAUUUGGUCCGUUAUCGGGGGCGUGGUGGUGCUCUCUGCAAUAACUUACGCUCUUUAUAAGAACGGAUUUUUUAAACGCACCAUUAAGUACGAACUAACCAGGCUAAUUCGAGAUAGUUUUGAGGAGGGAAUGGCUGAGACGAGGGAGAAUUCUGAUGCAGAUGCGGAUGCGAAUUUACAGGCAGAAUCUUAA